AUGAUGAAGAAGCAGCUCUGGAAGGUUGAAGAUGAUAAUCACUUCUGUUCAGAGUUUCCAUGUGCUCCAGGGAAGUCCUACUAUGGACGAGGACCGAUUCAGCUUACAGGGAACAUUAACUACGGGAAAGCAGGGAAUGCUCUCAAGCUGGACUUAUUGAAAAACCCUGAAAUAGUGGCCACAGACACUGUUGUCUCGUUUAAGGCUUCGUUAUGGUACUGGAUGAACGCGUUUCGUCCCAUCAUCGGCCAAGGGUUCGGAGCGACGACCAAAGCCAUCAAUGGCCAACUUGAAUGUGGGGUUGGUGGAGAAGCACAACAGAGGGUUAAACGUCGAAUUCAGUUUUACACCAAUUAUUUUAAAAGAUUCGGUGUCGAUCCUGGACCCAACCUGUCUUGUAAGAGUUUUUGA